UUUGCCUUCUUCCAAAGUCACACGUUUUUUCACUCUUUGCACCCUCUUCCCCAGCACACAAAGAAAACUAGAAAGCUACAGAACUCGAACUCCAAGCGUUCUGGUGAAGGAGGAGGAGGAUAUAUUUGUAAUUUCAAUGACUAGUACUGCUGCUAUGGGUGGUGGUGUUAGGGAGGAGGAUCGGAAGUACAGCUUGAUAAACUUCGAAGAGACGGAGCUGCGUCUAGGGUUGCCGGGUCCGCUGAAAGACGGCGACCAAGGCGUGAAGAGCGGUAAUGGGAAGAGAGGGUUUUUGGAAACGGUUGAUUUGAAGCUCAACUUCUCGUCGGUAAAUGAUGAUGAGCAUCGGCCAGCUGGAGAUGGUCAGCUGGAGAUCAAAAAGGAGAAGGAGGAUGCUUCUGCUGCUCCUGCUCCACGUGCAAAGGCUCAAGUUGUGGGUUGGCCACCCGUCCGAUCCUUCCGAAAGAAUAUCGUGACCGUUCAAAAGAAAAGCACAGAUCAGGAUCAGGCUGAAAAGACCGGCAGCACUAGUACUAGUGCAGCGUUUGUUAAAGUGAGCAUGGAUGGGGCCCCAUAUUUGCGCAAAGUCGACUUGAAGUUGUACCAAAGCUACCAAGAGCUUUCUACUGCUCUUGGCAAAAUGUUUAGCUCCUUCACUAUUGGUAACUGUGGGUCACAAGGAAUGAAGGAUUUCAUGAACGAGAGCAAACUGAUAGACCUUCUGAAUGGUUCUGAGUAUGUGCCUACUUAUGAAGACAAAGAUGAAGAUUGGAUGCUUGUGGGAGAUGUACCAUGGGAGAUGUUCGUCGAUUCAUGCAAACGCUUGCGGAUAAUGAAGGGAUCCGAGGCAAUUGGACUUGCGCCGAGAGCCGUGGAGAAGUUCAAGAACAGAAGUUGAAGAUGAAGCUGCUCGCUUCGUCUGCUUGGUUGAUUUUCUGGAAUGACACAAUCAAAUGAAAAAUUUGCAGACCGGCUCUACACGAAAAUGGAGCACGAAGUUUGGCUGUGUCUGUGACUCUCUGUACCAUGUUUUUUUUUGUUUGGUGCUCUAACGAUUUUAAAGUUUUAUGUAAGAAUAUAUUCGGAGAUUUGUUAGGGACAAGAAGCAAAUAAUAUUAUAGAUCAUGUUCAUAUUAUCUUGCUCAUGUGCAACUUCUAAUUAUUGUCUACGGCCACCUGUUUAAUAAUAAUAUUAUUUGUCAAA